AAUUCCAAACAUCCUACCAGAAAAUGGGAGGAGCGAACGUUUCUUUUCUUUUUCCAGUUUCCUACUCUUUUUGUUUCUUUUUUCCCCAAAAAGUUGAUUAGCAUCAACUUUCCAAUACCCGUUUAGCUUAUUUCUCAUCAAAAAAAAAAAAGAAGCACCAACUUUCCAAUAUGGGAACCAAAAAAAACCCCGACUUUCAAAAUUAAAUUUUUGGGCUGUUGUCGUUGUUUUUUUAGUAUGUUUGUGGUCAUAUAAAGUUCUUUUCUUUUUUAUUAAAGGAAAGGUAUUUUUAUGUUUGAGGUGCCUUGGUGUCCCUUAUCUGUUCGUUUUGGAAAGGCAUUUACAUAUCAGUAUCAUGUAAAAGAGUUAAAAGAGACGGUCUUUCUGCCAGGGUAUCGCCUCGACUGGCUGAUACACACAAAGCAGCUUCUUUAUGCCUGGUUUUUGGCUCCACAUGCAUGUUGUGAUAUUUUUGGUUUUUGUUACUUGGUUCUAGUGUUUGAAGAAAGGCCGAUUUCGUUAACUUCAACUUCUUGGGGCAAAUUUGGACUUUUGCGGCUAUAGAUGACUGGAAGAAGCUCAUUGAUGUAAGGGACAGCUGCAAGAAGCUAUCUUGUUCUUUUCUGAGUUGUAUUUAUUAAGCCUGGUUGCGAUCCCAUCUUCAGAUAAGAAAAGGCUUCCAUUAUUCUGUAACUUGUUCUUUUAAUUCAGUGUCUCUCAAUAUCUUCUUCUGUUAGCUCGUUAUCUGGGUUGUAAGUCAAUUGGAAUAAAUAAAGUGGACUCAAGAUUUUGAGAAUUAUUCUUCUCUUGUGCAUGAAGUCUCGUGGAAUAUGAGGCACACUAGCUCUCCAAAUGGAACCUCUGAAUUUUGGCAGCGUCGGCUGCUUGCUUCCCUUUUUUUGGUGCAUGCAUGCUUCGUCUGGCUUCUGCUUUAAAUUUGCUGAGUAAAUUGUAGUUGCGUUUGUGCUUGUUCUUCUGAAGUUGUGAGAAGUAGUUGUUGCUUACAAGAUCUGUGAGUUCUGAAAGUUUUUUAAGAUUGUCCUUAAAUGAACACCCGGAGGAUCAACUUCCAUGAUCGCAACGAUGAUUCAUUAAACAGCUCUUCAUUUGAACUCCUAAACCCUUCUUGUGGAAAUUUCACUUCUCAGCAGGCAUGGAAUACAGGGUUUCCUUUCCAGACCACAUCACUGGAUUGUAGCCCUCGACAAUACGCUGCCAACUCCUCUGAUUCGUCCCUCUCCUCCGAGAAAGGCUCGCCGCAGCCAGACUUCAUGGCUCCUAAUCGUUCUAUUACUGCUCCUAUUUGUGUUGGAUCAACACCUUCUGACUUCUAUGCUGCUGAACGUUUAAUGGGUUUUCCUCCAUUGGAGUACCAAUUUGGCACCCCUCCAUUGCUGUCUAAAUCGCCAGGGAUUCACUUGGAAGCUUCACACAAUAGGCCUUCAGAGUCAUAUAUGUGUGUUAAUACAGUGAAGCAAAGUGAUUUCGGUUGCCAGACUGGGGAUGCAUUAGAAUCGAUCACGAAAUUUCCUCUGCAAGAAAGUGGAACUUCUAGAUUUUCUGAUAAUACAAACAGAUUCCCAUGUAGAGAUCAUCAGGAGAUUGAGCUUCGAUCAUUGCUGCAAAGCCAGCAAAGCGAUGGGUAUUCCACUUUGGACUCCAGGCACUUAUAUUCACCUCAAGGGAUUCAUGAUCCUUGCGUUGGAUAUAAUCUAUCGAAUGCUUCAGCAGCAAAACCAAGUUUUCAGCCUCCAACCGAGAAACAACUAGUGAAAACUUCGGUGGGUCGCCCUGCUACUCCUACUGGUGUUUCAUCUGGAACAUCUGUGCCAAAUAAAACACGGAUUAGGUGGACUCAAGAUCUCCAUGAGCGGUUUGUCGAAUGCAUUAAUCGCCUUGGAGGUGCAGAGAAGGCAACUCCUAAGGGAAUUCUGAAGCUGAUGAAUUUGGAUGGAUUAACCAUAUAUCAUAUCAAGAGCCACUUACAGAAAUACAGGAUUGCCAAGUACAUGCCGGAGUCUUCCGAAGGCAAAUUUGAGAAAAGAGCCUCUGUAAAUGACAUGCGACAGCUUGAUCCAAAAACUGGAAUGCAGAUCACAGAAGCACUGCAGCUUCAACUUGAUGUCCAAAGGCGUCUUCAUGAGCAGCUGGAGAUUCAACGAAAUUUGCAAUUGCGAAUCGAAGCACAGGGCCGAAAGCUUCGGCAAAUGUUUGAGCAGCAACUCAAAGCAAAUGCAAACCUCACUGAGUCUCAAAACUUGGAGAACCUGUUUCCAGAUGAGCAGCCAAUAUCUCUGGAUGAUGAUGUUCAGAUACUAAAUGUUGAAGAUGGAUCUCAAAAUACCAACUUUCCAUCAAAAAUUAGUUAGCUUUAAGCUUGUCUCUGAUUGGAUGUCAUAUAAAUUGAAGUUGGAGGUGCGACUCAAAAUAUCAGUUUCAUAGCUCAGUGAAAUUGAUCAGAAGCUUUCUCCAAUAAAAUUGUAGUUUAAAGUAGGUGUCUCUUAGCAGGUUUUCUACACGAGGAGAAGCAGCAUGAAAAUUUUCAGUAAGUUGAUUGAAUGUCAUAUGCUGCAAGACUGACAAGGAGAAAUGCCAAAAUAAGAUCCAUAGAUUGUCUUUAGAUAGCAGCAUAAGGAUGUAUGGACCUUGCUUAUGUAAUCUAUGUUGGGCACUUCAGGAUAUUGUUAUCACAUUUUUGGUCGCCUGUGAAUUUACUAGACCAAAUUUAUAAGUUGUCCAAAAGAUUCAACAAUCCUUUUCUUUUAUCUGUUUAACCUUUUGUGAUUUCCAAAGUUUCUCCAUUGUAGAUAAAGGU